AUGUCCUUGUCGGUCUUAUUGCCGUUUCGCUUUAUUGAGAGUGUUUGUGGUGCUCGCGAUGGGUGCCUUGGGAUAAGCUUCCGCUUUAGACGAUCUCUAUUAGGGAGUGGCUGGAGCUGGGCUAGCUGUUUUAUGAGAAAAGCUACCGAUGCGGCAAUCGUGGUCUUCUUGAUUGGUAUUGAAGAACGAUUCUCUUCCACUAUGUUGUGUUGUCCCAUUGAGGCCGGAGGAAGGUAUGUUACGGGGCUUGUGCGUUAUGUGAUAAUAGAACCAUGGUCCGAAAAUGUGUUGGGACACACUCCUCCGGUUUCCUACCCAAUACUCGUCGUUCUAUAUAAUAUGACUUACACCUUAGUACAUACAGCAUGUUACCACAUAACGGAAAAUAUUAAGAAGAAAAACGAAGCCCUGAAGUACCAUCCUCCAGUAAUACUGCUGAGGCUUUGUGUGUAUGAGAGUCUGGUGCUAUUUCCUGAUCUUAAGAAAUUGUGGAUUCCAAUCUCCUCACCCAGUAAGAUGAAUAUCGCUUAUCAGGAAGGGCCGUGCAAGGAUCUCAAUCGUGUUGCCAAAGCAGGAGGUAGGAUUGCUUCGAAUGAAAGCCUAACUGCCGACACUGGACUAAGCUUCAUUAUUGCAGUCUGCUAUCGUUUCGUACGACUAGCCGCUGAAAAGGCGACGGUCUGGGUGACCGGCAGUUCGUGUUGCUCGUCAAAAGUAGCUCUCGCAGGCCAAUGUUGUACAAGAUGUGUGGGGGAAACAAUUGAUACCGAGGAAACACUGGACAUUCCGUUAAAAUCUCACAAUAAAGAAUUGAGGAUUAUCAAAGCGAAUAUUAGGAAAUCGAGAGCUAAAGAGGAUAUAGAGAUGGGACAGUUUGAGUUGGGGAGAAGAGACCCGCCCCGCCUCAAAAGUCCAAGCUCUUGUUUCUAUUCCCGUUUCCCCAUCGACUCCGCUGCUAACGCUCGAUCUCGUCCUUUACCAACUGCCGACACCCAUCAUAGCUUUCAGGCUACGGUUAACGGAGCCCUUGUCAUCACGGCUGUUUUCCCUGAUAUUACAAGGCUCCUCUCUCCCCCAAAAUGA